AUGCCUGACUGCAUGCGCGUAAAUGGGACAGGUGGAACAUUUGAUUGGAAACACAAAGAACAAACGCCGUGUGGCUAUGUGAUUCUCCAGGAGCAAAUGCGGAGGGAUGACGAAGAAAAAGGUUGGAUGGCAGACCCUUUGAGUGUUGAACAAAAUCGGCAGGAAUCUGCCCACUUUAGAGAAGAAUGGCUUGAUCGGCUACAGCGCCAAGAGAAAGUGGCCGAACGACGAAUGCUGCAGCAAAACAGCAGAAGAGAAUCAAUGGCUAGGAUAAAACAACUACGUCGACAAAAAACACGGUGGAUAAAGCGACAAACAGCAAUUCCGCCGUCAACAUCAAUGUCAGGUCCAAAGGGUGCCGAAGGACUCAGAGAACACGAAGCAUUGAGAGCACAGGAAAGAUGGAAUGGACAAGAAGGAUUGAGAGUACAGCAAGGACGGAGAGCAGAGGAGGGAUUGACAAGACAGGAAGGAUGGAAUGGACGAGAAGCAUUGAGAGGUCAGGAAGGAUUGAGAGGACAGCAAGGAUGGAGAGGACAGGAAGGAUUGAGAGGACAGCAAGGAUGGAGAGGACAGGAAGGAUUGAGAGGACAGCAAGGAUGGAGAGGACAGGAAAGAUGGAGAAGUAUUAAUACACCAAAAGAAUUAUGUGUUCUGGAUAUUACAUUAGUUGGUAUUAAACUUCCAGAAUUAUUACAUUUCAUGGCUGAAUUACAAAGCCUAAAAUUGCUGUCAUCAUUAACCAUCAACACAGAUGAAAUACAAGAUAAAGAUGAUCUGCGUACCAUCUGUAAAAGUGCUCUUCAAAUUCCCUCAUUAAUUAAAUGUGAUGUAUCGUGUGGCCUUUGUGAUACAAUGACACGGGAUAAGAAGUUUGAAAAAUUGUUAGAAACAUUUCAGUUAUCGGCGAGUGCUAGUGAUUAUUUCAAUGAAAUAUGCAGUACUUAUUAUCAGAUUCUAGAACUAGGGAACUUCAUAGGUCCAUUGAAUUUUAUACCAUUGAUGUAUUUUGAUCCGUCAAAACAUAUGGCUGAUCGAACACAUGCGUUACACGAAGUUGAAGCACGACGUAACAGCAAAGGAACAUGGACCGCGAAUCAUUUUGUUCCUUUAGUACUUCCUUGUAUCAGCGCUCAGUCUCAAAUUCUGAUUACAUCUACAUUUCAAUCAAAUUCUGCAGUAAAAGUACCAGAAAUAAAAUCUUUCACGUCAACCGAUAAGCGUCUUUGGCCAAGCUGUUCGACAGCAACAGGAGGCGAAAAAGUUAAAGAGCGAAAUCAAAAAUUAAGAGAAAAGGCGUUUCACAAAGCUCGAGAAAGAGAAAGACAAUGUAAAGUGUUUAGAAGACUUAAUCAGACAAGUGAAAAUCUUGGAAAAGAAAGACAACGUAAAGUGUUUGGAAGACUUAAUCAGACAAGUGAAGAUCUUGGAAAAGAAAGACAACGUAAAGUGCUUAGAAGACUUAACCAAACAAAUGAUGAACAGCAAUGGCCGGCCGCUAUUUUAUUGGAAACAAAACUUCGAUGUUUAAAAAGCUUUAAUGAGAAAAUGUCAAUGCUGUCAUUAACAGAAGCUUCAUGUUGUAUAUGUAACGCGUUAUCUCGCAAAUCGUCUAUGAAUACGAUGAUAAUGUCUCAAAUUCCAAACGUUGAUUUAUUGAGGCGAAAUACUAAAAUGUGUCUUAAUUCUUCAUUUGCGGCACCAGAAGCGUCGAGUAUGGCGGUAAAUUUGGAAUUGGAUGCUCCCGACUGUGUAUCAGCAGACGGGCAGUCGCAAGCUGAUUAA